CGAUGUCUAAAUUGCGGCUGAAGAAGCGAUCUGAGAACUCUAUCCUCUACAGCACUAGUACAACUGCUACUAGUAACAGAGUCGAGAUCUCUCCUAGGAAUAAUGAGUUCAAGCCAGUUAGCUUACCUUCGGAAAAAAGCAGGAAAUUCCUGCAUAAGCUUCUGUUUGGAGACGGACCUCUGACAUUCACUCCUUUCCCACCGUCUCAGUUGUACCAGCACCUCACUGAAGCCACCGAGUCAAAGCCCACUGACGGGACCUCGUUCUCCCACGAGGAUGAAGAGGACGAGGUUGAAGAGAAGAAGUGGAGACCAUUUCCUCCACCAAACGUGGACUCCUUGUUGCGUCGGAUACCGCUGACCCCUUUGACACUGGAAGAGUUGUGUGCUCCUUCCAGUGACGAGGAAGAGGACGAGAGAGAGGAGAAGAUAGCUGCUGAACAAGUGAACUCUGCCCUCCGAAAAAAUGAGCAGGCGAUUAUUGGAAAAGAAUCUCAGUUGCUGACUUGUUCGACAGCUGCUGGUAGCGAGAAUGUUACAGACCCAUGGUCAUCAACCCACCUGCUAGAUCAUGCUAUACCUCCACCUAUCACUGCUACUAGAAGAACCUCUUUUACUGAUGGACGACUCCAUAGGAAACCUACACCACCGUCCACUGUGUCUGAUGCUAUCAACCGCCUCAAGGUUAACCACCAGUCUUCAGUCGAUUCAAAACCACCAGUGAGACAAUUCACCAGUACACAUGUACCUGAGAAAGUUCCUACUAGCAGUGGUGUUAUUGAUCUAACUGAGCAAUCUCUCCAGCAGCAGCCAAGUACGAGUUAUUCAAAUCAUGUGUCAAUAUCUCGAAAUCUCACCUCCUCUGACCGACCCCCCCUGUCCACUAACAACUCUCCUAUCCAGAAAGAUCCGUAUGAACUGCCAGAUGACGACGAAGAUUUUGACAUUCUCUGCCUCGACGUAGAUCUAACCACAAUUGACGAUUUCUCGGACACUGAGCCUGAAGCCACAGGAACUGUUGAGCCUAGAAUUGAAACAAACCUCGCACAGUACCACUUCCGGUAAAGGUAAAAGUAGAGCGAGCUCCACUGACGAACCCAUCAAGAUGAGCACUGGAUUGAAACGGCAGAAUGAUUUUCAAGACAAUUCGCAGUCUAAACAGCGUAGGCUGGAGACCUAUGGAGAGUACACUGAUAUCAACAGCAUUGCUAGUAGUGGGAGAGCUAUGGACACUGACUGUGUGUUUCCCAGUAAUCCUGGGACAUCUCGAGGUACAAAAAUGCCGACUGGAAAUGGAAGCAACACUGCUUCAGUGGCUCAGAUUGUGUCUAAAACUACUCCACAGGGCAGAAUUUCACAGGGAACCGUUUCCAAUCACACUUCAACCAUGGAGAAUAGCAGAUAUGGUAGGAAAACUUCAGCUGGUGAUACAAACCCACAACGAAGUAACACUCCACCGAUGUCAAGACCAGAGCCUGUUGGAGUUCAAACUGGUGAUAGUGGGACAGUUUCAGAGCCCAGUUGUCACACUAGUGGAACCAGUUCGGUAGGCAGAGUCACUCCACUGGGCUCUCGGUUGACCACAGACAACUGUCCAAUGUGUAAUACCAGGUUCCCGUCAUGGUAUGAACAGGUGGAUGCAGACCGUCACAUAGCAUGGUGUCUUCAAACUGUCAUGGACAUAGGAAAUGGAAAAUGAUUUGGUUCUGCUGUAGUGUGGUGGGGAAAUGGCGAUCAUUUAGUGCGCAUGCGCAGUAGAAAUAUGUGUGACCUUCGACCCAGAACAUGCAGGAAUGGUGAGGUGGUCACUGUGUGCUCGUUGUUUCAGGAGAUGCGUUCACGUAGGAGUCAGUCGGUCGCAGAGGUUGAUCGAAGUCGGAAAAUUCGAAACUCCAAGCGUCGAGAAUUAUCAACCCGGGCAGGUAUUCAUUGAUAGAGCUGUGUCAGUGCUAUUUAUUGGUAUGCUGUGAUUUGUCUGGCAGUUCUUCUUGCACCGUGUAUUUGGUUAUCGCGGAGUUGUCCUGUUUCCAUGGAUGGCCAAGGUGUAUGACAGAGAGGCCCCUUCAGGAAAUGCUGC